AUGGCGUCCGCCGCGUCGACCGCUAUGAUGGGCCAGGAAGCCAAGGGGCCCAAGGUCGAGCGGAUGACUGUGUUUGGCGCGGGUCUUAUGGGAGCUGGGAUUGCUCAGGUCGGCGCGCAGAACGGGUUGAAGGUCGUGCUCUCGGAUGUGACGGACAAGGCAUUGGAGAACGGCCUCACUAUUAUCUCCAAGUCGCUCGCGAGAAUAGCCAAGAAGAAGCAACCCGACGAUAUUGAGGGGUUCACCAAGGCCGUCAUGAAGAACAUUGAGACGACAACGGAUGCCACCAAGGCUGUUGAGAAUGCCGAUUUGGUCGUUGAGGCCAUUAUUGAGAGCUUGAAGGUCAAGCGCGACCUUUUCGGUCUGCUGGACAAGACUGCCAAGGAGUCAUGUAUCUUUGCGUCCAACACUUCGAGUCUGUCGGUCAAGGAGAUUGCGGAGUCCUGCCAGGCAGCUCGGAGGGAGAAAUUUGCCGGUCUCCACUUUUUCAACCCCAUGAAGCUCGUCGAGAUCAUCCGUACCUCCGAGACCUCGGAAGCGACCUUCCAAGCCCUCCGAGAGGUCACUGUGCAGAUGAAGAAGUCGCCCGUGUCUUGCAAGGAUACCCCCGGGUUCAUUGUCAACAGGCUUCUUGUGCCGUACAUGCUCGAGGCUAUCAGGAUGGUCGAGCGGGGCGAGGCGACGCCUGAGGAUGUCGACACAGCGAUGAAGCUUGGUGCGGGAUACCCUAUGGGUCCCUUCGAGCUGCUUGACUUUGUCGGCCUCGACACAACCUCGUACAUCUCGCAAGGAUGGGCCGAGAAGGCCGAGCAGGGUCUGAUCAGCAAGGAGCUCGUGCAGCCCAUCCCGAUGCUCGAGGAGAUGGUCAAGGAGGGCCGGAUGGGCCGGAAGUCCGGCAAGGGAUUCUACGACGUGAGUCAUGACAGCUGUUGA